AGUAUAAAUCGAACUUUCCAUUGCUGGUUUUAUGCUUGUGUUGCACUCUUGCUUGCUCGAGGCCGGCCGGCCAUGGCUCGCAAGAAGGUGACUCUCCAGUACAUCCCCAACGACUCGACCCGACGUGGCACCUUCAAGAAGCGCCGCAGGGGCCUGAUCAAGAAGGCCAGUGAGCUGGCCAUCCUGUGUGAUGUCAGGGCCUGUGUGCUGGUGUAUGGCGAGGGCGAGACGGUGCCGGAGGUGUUCCCAUCCCACGUCGGGGCGGUGAAAAUCCUGAACAUAUUCAAGAGCAUGCCGGAGCUGGAGCAGUGCAAGAAGAUGAUGAACCAGGAGGGCUUUCUCCGCCAGCGCAUCGACAAGCUCCGGGACCAGGUCCACAAGUUCGGGCGUGAGUCCUGGGACCGUGAGAUCAAGACCCUCCUGCACAAGGCUGUGCGUGGCAACCUCCCAGGCCUCGUCGGCCUCAACAUUGAGGAGCUCACCAGCGUCGGCUGGAAGGUGGAAAUGCUCCUCAAGGGCAUCGGUGAUCGCAUCGCGAAACUCCACGUACAUCCUCCAGCUCCAUACGUAACCGACAUCAUGGAGAUGGGGUCUCCGACGAUAUAUCAGGCGCCGGCUACGCAGGAGGGCUGGGUCGACAUGGCGAGGUCUGAAGGGGACCUCGGUGCUCUUGUCUGUAGUGGCUACUCUGGUGGCCACGACGCCGCGAGCACCAGCUCCAGCGUCGGCUGCUCCGGCGGUGACAUGAUGCAACCCAUUGAUCCCGGGUUCGGUUGGCGGUGGGGCGUUGACCUUGGAGCGUCUUCGACUCCUUUCCCUCCCAUGUAAGGAGGAAGAUGAUCCAUAGAGUGCACGACCAGCUACAUCAGUCUCUUGUCUCAUGUCGACCGCUUAUCAACACAUGCAUCUCUUAUAUGUUUCGGGCUUUUGCAGGGUCUUAUAUAUUUUCUUUAGUUCGUCACAAGGGGUCAAUCCCAUCUUG